AUGGACAGGGAACCACUAGAAUUUGUGAACGUUGCAGUAAGGAUUAAACCACUUACUGAUAGUGAAAAUGCCUCGAAGUGUUUACAGAUCAUAAGCCAAAACCCACCAGUUCUAUUUCUCCCUGAAAGGCCGCUUACUUUCAAUUUUGAUCAUGUAUAUAGUGAAGGAGCCACCCAAAAAACCAUCUUUGAGCAAAUGGUGAAACCUUUUGUGAAAUAUGUUAGGCAGGGGUACAAUUGCACAGUAUUUGCAAAUGGUCAAACAGGCACAGGGAAGACCUAUACCAUUGGCACUGACCCAUAUGUAAAAAAUGAGGAGGACUUUGGGUUAAUCCCAAGAACAUUGAAUGAGUUCUUUGAAUACAGAGAUGAUGAUGACUCUGAAGUGGAAAUAUCCUUAUCAUUCAUUGAAAUUUAUAAUGAAAAAGUGUUUGAUCUCUUAUUGAAUGACAAACCUGAGGACAAACCAUUGCAGGUCAAGGGUUUGAAAGCACAGGGCUUUUGCCAGGAGAGAGUGUAUAAUUCUCAGGAGGCAAAACAUUUCUUGAAGAUAGGAAAUAAAAAUAGACACACUGCUGAAACCAAGCAGAAUGCCAAAAGCUCAAGAUCCCAUGCCAUCUUCACCAUUUAUUGUAAUGUCAAGCAUAAGGAUAAUAAUACUACUUCUGCCAAGCUCAACUUGGUAGACUUGGCUGGAUCUGAGAGCAUAAAGAAAACAGGCAACCAGGGCAGCACCUUCCAGGAAGGUGUCAACAUAAACAGGGGCCUGCUGUCUAUUGGCCAAGUGAUGACUGCUCUGUCAACAAAUGCAUCUCACAUUCCCUACCGCCAAUCCAUCAUCACAUCCAUUCUGAAAGACUCAUUGAACACACACAACUAUGUGUCUCUCAUAGCUUGUGUGAGUUCUUUGGCAGAAGACUCCACAGAAACCUCACAGACUCUGGAGUUUGCUCAAAGAGUCAAGAAGAUGAAGAACAAGCCUGAGGUGAAUGAAGUGAUCUCUCAGUAUAGAAGGGAAAAUCCUGCUCUGUUCUCACAGCCAAGGACUAGUGGGACCCCCUUCAAGAGACCAGCACCUGUGCCUACCCCUAGGACUGCCAAAAGGCCAAGGAUGUUGCCUCUGACAACAAUUGAUGAGCCAUCCACAGAUAAUAAUGUUCUCUUGCCAAGUCAAAGUCAUAGUAGUACUCAUUGUUCAUUAUCUUCAAGUCAUGUAUCUUCAAUUUCAAAUGUUGUGAGUUCAGUGUCUAAUGAUACUACUCAACAAAAUUUGAGUCCAGUUAUCAAGAAGUAUUUGAGUGCUAUGGAGUCUUCAUUGAUGGGCAAGUUAGAAUUGAUUAUUAAAAGUACACUGAAAAGGCCCAGUAGGAUUGAAAAUUCUAGAAGACACCUAGAGGAUGUUGAGAAUACACCUUGUGUGCCAUGGAAUAAAAUACAAAAUGAAGUAUCCAAAUUGGUUCGCACUGAACUGGCACAAUUGACUACCAAAGGCACAAGAGCCACAAGUAGUCCAAUAGAAGAACACCUGAGCAAAAUAAGAAAAGUAUUGAGUUAUGGCAGUCCAUUCACUGAGGAAGUCAAUUCCCUGUUAACUGAGAAAAUAGGAGAUGAUUCUCCAGAACAAUUGCAGUCUAAUUUGCAAGAUGAAAACAUUGCAUUCAAAGUCCCUGACUUACCUUUGAAGAAGAAAAAAAUACCAAAGUCCAAACGGACUCCCUCAAUCUCUCCAAUAGAAAUUAUCAAUAAAAAAACACCCAGGCGCAGUGUGAGACUUUCAAUGAACAGGCAGAGGCCUAAGAAGAAAUCUGAUGAUUUCUAUUGGGAUUCUUCAAGUAGCCCAAUCAUCCGUGGUUUGGCAUUGCUGGAGAGCACAUUGAAAAAUGAUGAUUCCUUAAAACAUUUUGAGCAUUCCAGAAGAAGGAGCGUGAGAUUGAAGGAUAGAACAAAACUACAAAAGAGUAACAUCAAUAGUAAUGUGAGAAAAACGAAUCUGGUGGAGAAUUUGAAGGAACCAACCAAAAAAAUGUUGACAGUAGCAGAUACUCCAGCUGGAAAGAGGUUAAUGCAGAAAACUAGAUCAGAUAGUCCAUGCACAGCACAUACCAGAGAAGUGUUAACCAUUCUCAAUAGUGGGAAUGUUAGGAAAUUAGAAACAUUGAAUACAAUCGGAUCUAAAACUGCUCAACAGAUUGUUUUGUUCAGGAGUAUCAGAGGAACAUUUGGAAGAAUAUCUGAUCUCAACACAUUGCCAGGAUGGGGUACAAAGAAGUUUGACAAAUUUGUUGAACACAAUUUUAUCAAAAGAGAAUUAAUAUAG